UACAUUGUACCUAAUGUAAAAUGUUUCAAUAUUCAAGAAUUUUCGGUGCCAUAUAAUGCGGACGUGCCAUUGUAUUUAAAACAACCUCGUACUAUAGAAUUCCCAAACGAGGUUAAAAAAGCCAUAUUAUAUAUUAUAUUAUUAUUAAUCUAUAGAUUUAUGUGUAUAUUUGUAUAGUUGGUAAACAAAUUAGAUUAAAUCUCUUUCUUUUACGCAAUGGAGAGAUAUGUACGAAAGUGGAACGCAAAACUAAAUCUUGAGAAAUAUUUGGAUGAUUUGUUAUCAUUUGCGAGUCACUAAUUCGCAGGAUCCUAUACAACAGGAUGAAUGUACGUGCAAAAAAAUUAUUCUUCGGCGCAUUCCUGACGUCUUUUGCCAUUGUGUAUAUAUGUAUAAAUCGGUGUACGAAUGACAAGGAUGUAUCUUUGAAGAAGCUUUUAGCUGCUGCCAUAAGGGCGGCAGAACUUGGAGGAUUCGAAGUGGUAAUGGUGCACCAUCAAAGUAAAUUCAAAAUCGAAAGCAAAGGUCAAACAAAGGAAGGAAUGAAUGAUCCAGUAACAGCAGCUGAUUAUAGGUCGCACUGUGCUAUGUAUCGUUCUUUAACAGAAGCAUUCCCAGGAAUUACUGUGAUAUCUGAGGAAAUAUCGCAAGAUUGUGACAAAGUUAUAAUAGAAGAUAUUAAAAAUUCUGUUAAAAGUAUUGAUGGUUAUGAUAUAAGUGAUGAUAUUGUAAAUACUAAAGAUAUUACAAUCUGGAUAGAUCCUCUCGAUGCUACCAAAGAAUUUACAGAGAAUUUAUUACAAUAUGUAACUACUAUGGUAUGCAUAGCUAUUAAAGGACAACCUGUUAUUGGUGUUAUAUAUAAACCAUUUGAGACAAAGCAGAAUUAUAGUUUAUUCUGGACAUGGAUCAAUCAUGGUAUAUCGCGAAAUUUGAAAAAUUUGCCCCAGGCAAAAGAUAACAAGACACCCACUCUGAUUGUAUCUCGCUCGCAUGCUGGACAAGUCAAUAACAUAUCUAAAGUUGCUUUUGGUAACAAUGUUGAAAUAAUAUCCGCCGCUGGUGCAGGAUAUAAAUUCUUGGAAGUAGCUGUUGAUAAUGCGACAAUAUAUGUCCAUACAACUGCUAUUAAGAAGUGGGAUAUAUGUGCUGGCACUGCGAUUCUUAGAGCCUUAGGAGGAACGGUAACACAGUUGUACGACCAACAGCCAAUUUACUUUGAAGCUAACGACCCUACAGUACUUACAAAGGGCCUUCUAGCAACUAUGAAUAAUCAUGCAUUGUAUUCGGACAAAUUUUUACACGAGUUUCAAUCCAAUUUCCAUUAAACAAUUUUUAUCAAAUCUUAACUGUAAAACGAAAAUCAUAUAUAAUGUUCUUUUUAUAAGAGAAUAAAAAAAUAUUACAUAUCUUCUUACAACCAUUACAGUUUUGAGAAAUGUCUCACAUAAAUAUGUAAAAAUCAGAUGUGUAUAAUCUGCGACGCAACGCGAGUGAAUGUCAUAAUAUAAAAGUGAGAAAUGGAUUAAUAGAUAAAAAAAUACAAUAUAGCACAAUUUUUAAGUUUGUCAAGAAUUAGAUUAGAUUUUCAGUUGCGAAUGUCUAGUUAGACAACUUGGAUUGAUUGUAUUUUUACAUAAUAAACAAUAUAACAACCGUUCAUAUUCGUAAAAAAUCACGAGCUGGUUUUGCACACAGCUCCAACCCACAAAAACAAAGUCUAAAUAUGAAUAUAAAACAUGUGUGCGAUCAGCGAUGUUAUAUAUGUAAGUUAAUUUGUACAAUGAUAGCUUGUCAGCCAAUGAUUGAGAUCAC